AUGGCUGGUCAAACAAUACAAGAUAGACUACUGGCGGCCAGGCACAGCUUAGCUGGACAGGGUUUAGCGAAGUCUGUGUGUAAGGCGACUACCGAGGAAUUAAUUGGACCAAAAAAGAAACAUUUGGAUUGUGAGUAUUAUAAUUUUAUUUGGAGUAUUACCUAUACUAAAUGUAUUAUUUUAUAUUGUGAGAUUAAUAUUAUUGCCUUUUUAAUUUAAUUUAACUAAAUAUUUAACAUUAGGUAUUUUGAUGACUGAUAAUUAUAGUAGUUAAUCUCAUAAAAGUGCAAUUAAUUACCUAUCAUAAAUUAUGACUUUAAACAUUCAAUAAUAAUGUUUAAAUUAUAUAUUAUGGCAUAUAACAAUCAGACAUAAUUCUUAUUUAAUAUUUUAAAAUUUGUUAUGCAGGUCACAGGUAUAAUAAAAUGUAUCAUUAUUGUAUGAUAGUACCUAUUAUAUAUAUAUUUAGAUAUUAUUUUUUUUUAAUAGGUACCUAAUUUAUUUUAUGAGGUAGAUAUUCAUAUUUGGACUAAAUGAAAAAACUAAAUUAUAAAUUAGUAUCUAACUGAUUUUGUAAUUUAGGUAACUUAAUCAUUGAUAAGUCACAGACAAAAUAAAAUAUUUUUAUUUCAAACAGUCAUGAGUCAUGACUGACACUGUCUGAAGUGUCAAUUUUUCAAUAGUCACUGUUGAACAAUUUUUUUGUUUGAUGAUUAGGUACUAUUUAUUAUUUAAAAUUGGUCUAUUUAUUGAGUAAUUGAACAAAAUUGUAAAACCACUGAAAAGCCCAGAGGUAAAUAACUAAUAGAAAUCAGUAUACAAAUGUUGGGUAGUCGUGGAAAUCUUCGUAAUAGAAAAAUAACAGUAUUAUUGAAUUUAGUUUACAUCCCUUUUUACUUCAUAUUUAUCAGUGAUUUACCCACUGAGAAAGCUACCAUGUCUGUUAGACAACAACUAAUAGUUAAUGCAAUAAUUAUAAUUACCUAUAAUUUACACUUUUAUACAAAUUAUGUUUGUUUAAUCUGAUAUUAUAAUAUUAUAUGACCCUAAAUUAUAUUAAUUCAUAUUAGUACCUAAGUUAAUAGUAACCUAAAAUAUUUGGUUUUUAGAAAAUUUGUUUUGAUAAUAAUGUUACAGUCAAGAUACAAUGUUAAGUUUAUAAUGCGUGUUGAAGAUUAAUAAUAUUAUAUUCAAAAUGAAGUAAUCUAUUGCAAUUAAUGGAUUGUGUUUUAAUUUAAAACACAACCCAUGGAUUAAAUUUUAAAUUAAACCUCAUUUUUUUAGAGUUUAUUUUGUUAUGUAUAAGUUUGAUUAGGUUUAUUUUAAAAAAAUGUUUCACUCAUUAAAUUGAAUAUUAUUCAAUAAUAUAUUAUAUAAAUAAAGUAAUAUAAUUUAUUAUGAUACAAUUUUUAUUUUAAAAUAAAUAUAUUUAUUAAACAUUUUUAAUUCUACAAAGAACUACUCUCAAUGUAUUAUGAAUGAUUAUGAUUCGGAUGUUUAUGCUCUUAAAAUAACUGUAAUAUGUAUGCAUGUUUGCACUAAAAUUCAUAUAAUAUGCAUUUUUAGUUGGAAAACCACCAAAAUAUGCGCAAAAAAAAUUAUUUUACCCUAAAUAUUUAAUUUGUAAUAUUAGUUUUAUAACUAAUCAUAAAAACAUUAAUUACAUAAUAAAUCUUAAUUUAUAAAAUUAUACAUAACAAAUAUUAGUGCAUAUGUUGUUUUUUUUACAUAGCCCAGUAUUAUUAUAGUAUUAAUCAAGCUUACUUACUUCGCCUUAUAUGUAUAUUGUAUAUAAUAUUUAAAAAAUUAAACAAUUAACAAACUUUAUUUGCGGAAAAAUAUCUUAGUAUUUUGAAUAACCUAUACUUCACAAGGCAAAGAGUUGUGUUGGAACCUUAAAAAGAUUUACAUUCUGAAUUGUGUAAGUAUCAAAUUUGUAUAAUUUUUCCUACAAUAUUACAUUAAUUAUAAUGCAAUUAUCUUUCAAAAAUGUAUUCUAUAAUGAUAUAUAAGAAUAUUAAAUAUUCAGCUGAAAUAAUAUUUAACACCUUUUGAAAUUUUUAAAUAAAUAUGUUUGUAUGUAAUGUAUACAAAAUUAAUAGAUCUACCCCUAGCGAUCUCCCAUUUCGAGGUCUCAGAGCCCUAUUUGACCCUCUCAAAAAUGUUGAGCUGUCCGUUUUUUAAACGUCUAAAUUAGUUUAAAAUCCAACAUUCUAAACUUUUAGAGUAAAUAAAAUAAAUGGAAUAUCUUUUAUUUAUCUUAUCUUUUUAUUCUUGUUUAUUUUAUCUGCGAUUUUUAACUGAAUUACCAGGUUGACAGAUAUAAUUAGGUUUGUACGAGCAUGAAUUUAUUUAAUGAGAAAAACAAAUACACCUACAAAGAAAUUUUUUUUAGGUUAAUAUUAUACAAAUUCGUAUUGAUUUACUGUAUGCGGUCCGCAAGUAAUUUUUUUUAAAAAAUAUAAAUUGGGCCCUUUAAGAAUCCAAGUGGUAACCGUUGAUCUACACACAUACCUAUCUGUACAAAUAUUACUGUUUUCGAUUUUUUUUUUUUUUACGCUUAUAAAAAUUAUGUGGAAUGGCCUCUCAAAGCAUAAUAUACACAUGGUUUAAUUAUUUUAUUGACAUGCGGCAUGAAACCUUUUAAAAAAUUGUACGUUUUCUAAAAAAAAAAAAUAAAGUUUUCAUCAUUGUAAAAUUAAAAUUGCAAUAAACAUUGUUCACUUUGUGUUAGACUUAUUUAAGUUUAAUUAAUUUAAAGAUUAUCAAAUAAAACAAAAUAUUCGUUUGAUAUUAUACGAGUAUUCAUUAUACAAUUUUCUAUUAAAAUAGAAAACAUGCCUAUAUUAAUUUUUUUAAUUUUGAUGUAUGACUAGAUUUAUUUAGGAAAUGGAUAAUAUCAAAAAAAAAGUGUUCUUUGAAAACAGUAAAUUUAGUACUGUUGUCUACUACCGUCGUUGGUGGAAAUCAUUUAUAUUUUAAAUCUAUUACAUUUUUAGUUAAUAUUAAAGUACUAUUUGAAUUACCAAAGCAUUUUUGAUAUAUGCAUAGCUACGUUGCCCGUUAACGGCAAAUGUUAUUAUGUUCUUACUAAUAAACUAAUUAAAAUUAAUUUAAUACAUUUUAAAUUAUUACUAACGAUUAGAAAUACAUUUAAUUUAUAAUUAGGUAUCCCUAAAGUGGGAUUUUCCUUACAUCUUCUUUAAAUAGAACAUUUUAUUUUAUUUUUCUGAAUUGGCGUAGGCGCGUAAUCUACCCAAUACCCGUAUUAGCUUCUGUAAAUUGUAUUAGGUAGUAUAUUAUAUUUUUUUGAAGCUUGAAUUAUUAUUUUUACUAUGCUUAUUUUUAUUAAAACGGGGAUUAAAAUUAAAACUAAAAUAAUAAUAAUAAUAAUAAAUAACCGUAAUAAAAAUAGCCUUUUAUCCAUAACUAGAAUACAAUUAUCAACUAUAUUAAUAUAUUUUAAAAAUAAAAUAGGUAUUGCUUUUCUUUUACUACUUAUUUUUAUUUUCUUAUUAUCUAUAUCAUUUUUAUAUUAUUAAUAGUAUUAUAAAAUCAAUGCUUUUAAUAUUUUGAUAUCAUAAUCAAUGUUUCUUACUACCCUCUUUAUCAUCAAUAUUUAUUAGACGAAGACAAUCCUGUUUAAAUAUUAUAUUAUUUUAUUGAGAUAAGGGUGCAACGUAUGCCUGUUGGCUGUUUUCAGCUGUUAUACUCAAGUAAAUUUAAACUAGGUCAUCGAUUGUGAAGGGGAGACGGUGGAAAUGUUUGACCUUAGAAAUAUUGAGUUUCUCAUUUCUGUCGGGGAAAAUUUCCAUAGGUCUUAAAACGAAUUUCGAAUAAAAAUAUUUUAAAAUUUUUAUUUUUAUUAUAAAUUAUAUUGGAACAUUGUAAUGAUCAUUGAUAUAUUGAUCCUAAAUUAUGACCCUUUUAAAUCUAACUUUUUAUCCAAACUUAAUCGUUGCAAUUAAUAUAUUUGUUUGUGUACGAGGUUACCAAUAAUCCAUAAUAUGGAUUAUGUUUUAAUUUAAAUUAUUAGAUGUAUGGUUAUCUGUAAUAUAUUAAUAUCAUAUAGGGUAUCCGCCUAUGAUGAAAACCAUUUACGCAUGACAUGUUUCCAGUCAAAGUAUGAUAUGAUAACAAUUGGACACGACAUGAUUUAUUUUGUUAUAUUAUUAAUAAUUAUUAUUUUGAAUUGAAAACUAUCAUAAUUAGGUAUUGAUAAAAAAUAUCGUGUUUUUUUUUUUUUUUUUGUGUAAUUCUACAAAUUAAAAUAUUUGUGUCGUCUACAACACAGAUAUAACACUCCUCCAAUAUAAUAUUAUAUAUCCUUGCUAAAUACUGUUGUAUAAACCAAAUGGUGGAAUAUUAUACAAAAUUCAGAUUUCAAUAAUAACUAGAGUUUUGUUAGAUAAUAUUAUAAUAACUAAUAUGUAAUUAAUAUUAAAAACGCAUAAUCUAAUUAAAUUGUUUGUCUACUUAACAUUAAUAUAAAUAGACACAUAUAGACCUAUUUAAUAUUUAUUUUAUUAUGCUAGCAACUUUUCUAUCAGAUUCUUACUCUGAUCAUCAAUUGUAAGGAUUGUUUCUGAAAUCAAAUUUCGUUUUGUCAUUUUGUCAUCAGGGAUAGUCGUUUUAUUUUGAUUUUCUUCAUUUUCCAAUGGGGAAAUUUACCUAAUAACAGUUUCUAGUACUUCAAUUGAAAAACAAUCACAAAAACCUAAAUAUUUUACCAAAUAUUACUCCUAUAUCAUACUUUUCUAAACGUGGUUAAAUUUUAAAUUAUUCCAUUGAUUUUUAAACUAUUUAAAGCCAUUGGAAUUGUCGAGGUUUUAGUUAAUUAAUUAGUUUCAUGUGAAUGCAAUUAUUUUGGCCCAGGUUAGAUGCUCAAAAAUUUUACCUAAUAUUCAUCAUAGGUUGUACCUACAUUAGGAUAAAAAAAAUAAUUGUGGGUAAUGUCAUUUUUUGUGUACAUAAAUAUAUUUAACUGAUCUUUACCCAGAAUCGUUUUUGUUUAACAAUGAUUUAUCAAAUCUUUUUUUGAGGCCCUUAAAAAUUUUAAAUUUGCAAACUUGCACGUUUUAACUAUUUACCUAAAAUGUGUUUAUUUCCAGUUUGAAAUAUUGCUGUUCAUGCUAUCACAAAUAUAAAUAUUCAUUUAAAUAUAGCAAUUUUAUAAUAAUAACAAAACAAAACAAAACAUACUUUGCUCAUGGAUGCAGCCACUGUUGUUGGCGAGAAAAGUUGGGCAGGUAGGAUAUAUAGGGGAGGGAAAUUAAUUUGUAUCUGUAAGCAAUGAUAAACCAUUUGCUUUGCCAAUAUAUAUAUAUAUAUAUAUACAUCAUAUGGUAAAAUAAUUAAAUAGUCAUUAUAUAUUUUCUUUAAUAAUAUUUUUUUAACAUUUUACUGGUUUUCCCGUUUUUCAUAUUUGCUGACCACGUUUAUACAUAUGUACUUAAAUAUUUUGUGUUCACUGGGUACCGCAUUACCAUUAUGCUGUCGCGUGAAAUCUUGACAUAUUAAUCAUAUUAAUACAAAUCAAUCUUUAUUUUUAGAAAUUGAUAUUUUUUUUUCACAAAUUUCCUAAGCCAAAAAUAAAAAGUUUUAAAUUUUUUAUAUUAUAUUUUGACUUCCGGAUCCCCUUCCAAACUUUUUCUACCUGGGAUAAGUGCCCUUAAAACCCUCCAUCAAAUACAGCCCCGCCUAUAACCAAUGGGCAACAGUGUAAUGAUGUAUUAAACAGCCGUUAUAUAAUGGGUUUUUAUUAGGUACUUAUAAUAAUUUAAAGAUUAAUUUGGACGAAUAUUAUAUGUUUAUAUAUUUUAUAUUAAAUAAUUAAAUUGUAUAAAUAGUAAAUUUACAGUAAGUAUGAAGUACUUAAAAAUAUGUUGAGAUUAUUUUUUUAUCUUCUGUUGUUAAAUCAUUAAUUAUAAAAAUAAAAAUCCCUUAAAACAAAUUAGUUUUAAGAAAUUGGUAUGCUGAUGGUAAAUCAUAAAUCAGCUGAAGUAUAAGUCAGAAUUAUAUUAUUAUUUUAAAAUUACAAUGGUCUAUUAUAUUUUUUUUUAUUUUAUACAUUUUUAAGAAUGCUUGAAAAAGGAAAGGAAGGAAUGUCGGGUCCUAAAAUAAAAUUUCUCAUAGUUUAAUUUUUAGGUAGGUACUUUUUUCUACUGCUUACAAAAGUGUUUUUUAAGAUGAAAAAAAAAUAUAAUUUUAGUUGAUUACUUAUUAUUAUUACCCUGAUUUAAGUUUCAACAUAAAGUCAUACCAUGUGUAGGUUACUAAUCAGGGUUGGAACGUAUUAUACAUGUGUAUAAAACUAUAAGUUUAUAACUUUUUUUCUUUUUACUACAACUAAACAGAAAUUAUCAGGUAAAAUAAUUGUCAAUUGAAUUUUAUAUCUUUUAUUAAUUACCUAAGAGAUAUGUGAUAAUUUGCUUUAUUAAUUACUAAGUUUAUCUUUAUUCUUUAUUAUUAAUUACACUAAUAUUUAUAAUAACGAAAAAGAAAUUUGUUUUGUUUUUAUUUUAUUCUAAAUUUAAGAAAAUUCAUUAAAUUGAUGUAAUUUGUUAAUUUGUUAUAUUAAGUUAUAAGUUUAUUAUUAUUUAUUAUUUUUAAAACUAAUAGAAUAUUAAUAUUAACAUUAUAAUUAUAAUAUAUAUACCCUGUGGUUUUUUCCAAUAAUGUAUUGUUUUAAUAUUCUGAGGUAGAUAAUGUCAUUACAUUAUUUAGUAUUAUCAAUUUAUAAAUUAUUUUAUAUUUUUAAAUUGUUUGUGAAGUAGUAUUCACUGUGUCAAUGUAUAUAAUAAGAAGUUCCUGUUUUAUUAAAUAUAUUUGUAUAUUUUUUUUUUACAGACUUGAUACAUUGUACGAAUGAACCUAAUGUUUCAAUUCCUCAAUUAGCCAAUCUAUUAAUUGAGCGAUCACAAAAUGCUAGCUGGGUUGUAGUGUUUAAAUCCUUGAUCACUGUUCAUCAUUUAAUGUGCUAUGGAAAUGAGGUAGCAUAAAAGACAAUUUUUUUUUAUCAUUUAUAAUACAUUUAUUAAAUAUUAUAUAUUUUUAGAGAUUUACACAAUAUUUGGCGUCCAGUAAUAGUUCCUUUCAACUUAGUAAUUUUUUGGAUAAAAGCAGUUUACAGGGUAAAUAUUUAUAGUUAAUAUUAAUUUGAUUAAGUUUAGGAUAUUUUUUUAUAAAAUACUAAUAUUUUAUUGAAAAAAAAAUAGUAUUAAAAAUACUCUUGUUUUAUUUUUAUGCUUGGUACAUUUAGGACCUGCCGGAGUGCGAUCUGGUAAGAAUAAAAAUUUAAGAAAUAAGUUAAUUAAAAUUUUUAAGUAGUUUUAUGUGUGCAUAUAUCAUAUAAUUUUUUAAAAAGUAUUAUUUUAAUAAGCAAAUAAUUUUGGUUUUUUAGGAUAUGAUAUGUCACCAUUUAUACGACGUUAUUCAAAAUACUUAAAUGAAAAAGCCUUAUCUUAUCGUACAGUAGCAUUUGAUUUUUGCAAAGUGAAAAGAAGGUAAGAUAAAUAGAUUCUUAGUUAUUCUGUUUUAAUUUAUUUAUUUAUUUAAAUAUUAUAUGAGAUAGGACCCAAUUGCAUGAAUAUAUUAUUAUACAUUAUACAUAGCAUUUGGAAAGAAUUUUAAAACAAAAAAUAUUUAAUUAUAUAAAAACAAAACAAAAUACAAUUAAUAUUAUACAUAUAAGUAUAAAUGGAUUAGCGGGAAGAUGAUUUUAAAUGCCUAAAAAGAAAUGUUUAAAUAUUAAAAAUAAUAUUUUCUACUUACUAUUAUAUUUAAUUAUUUAUUUGAAUUUUUAAUAAUAAAAACUAAAAAAUAUUUAUAGCACACCAGUUAUUGUCAUAGUAUAUUAGUAGAUCAUUUAAUUUAAAAAGCAAUUCUUAGUGUCCAAAGUUAAAGUUUUAGUUAACAUUUAUUUUCAUUUAUUUUUUUUUUUUAUCAAUCUCAAAAAUGUAUAUUAACUUAUGUUAAAAAUACUUUUUUCCACUAGAAUUUAAAAUAAAUUCUAAAAAAUAAUUUAAAGUUGAAUUAAUUGGUUUUUUUUACAAUGAUUUUUCUAGCAAAGAAGAUGGAGUUUUGCGUACCAUGAACUCAGAUAAGUUGUUAAAAACAUUACCAGUUUUACAGUCCCAACUUGAUGCAUUACUUGAAUUUGAUUGUACUGCUGCUGAUCUCACAAAUCCUGUAAUAAACACUGCAUUUAUGUUGCUGUUCCGUGAUUUAAUUCGGUUGUUCGCUGGAUAUAACGAUAGUAUCAUUAAUCUUUUAGGUAUUUAUAAUUUUUAAUUAAAAUAAAAACAGUGUUGGGCAUUUAAUCACUUUAGUUUUAAAUAAUAUAUUUUAAAUAUAGAAAUGAAUAUAAAAUUGCUUGGCAAAUUAAUUCAAAAAAUUGCCUUAUGGAACAAAUACAUGCAGCUAGAUGUGGCCAUGUGGAAGGGAAAUAAAAUUGUUUGUUGGUUUGGUACUCUACAUAGUAUGAGUUUACUAAAUUAAUUAAAUAUUUUAUUUAGUUAAAUUUUUGUAUUUUGAUUUUAUCAGAAUCAUUUUUAAAUAUCACUCCCGAAAAAAAAUAUUCCGAUAAAGAUUUUGUUUAUUUACUAUUUUAGAAUAUUUUGUGUAUAAUUUUGAAACAUUUUUACUAUAUCCUUGAAAACUAGUCUGAACUCCACAUAAUAAUUUAGUUACAACUAUAACUGACCUAACAGUGGUUACAAUAUAAAAAUACAUAAAUAGGUAUAUAUAAAUAUACCUGUAUAAUUAGCUAGUAAUAAAAUUAAUUUUUGACGAAAUUAGUUUUUUAGAUAGUUUUUAUAUUUAUUGCGCAUACAAUAUGAAGGUAAUUAUGUUCUAGUACGAAAUUAUUAUGUAAUAAUAAAUGCAUUACAUAUCCAAAUGUACAAUCCAUGCUCAUCACUGUUAAAUUAGCUGAAUUUAUGUAAUAUUAUUUUAUAUGAAUAAAACAUUAAUAUAUUCAUUAUUUGCAGAAAAGUAUUUUGAUAUGAAUAAAAAACAGUGUCGAGAUGCUUUGGACUUAUAUAAAAAGUUUCUUAUUCGAAUGGAUCGUGUAGGAGAAUUUCUUAAAGUGGCAGAAAAUGUUGGAAUUGAUAAGGGUGAAAUACCUGAUCUCACAAAAGUAACCUCAUUUAAAUUUAUAAACUUUUAUGUAUUCUAUUAGUAUUAAUAUUAUGCAAAUAUUAAUACUAUUUACUAAUUUUUAGGCACCGAGUAGUUUAUUAGAUGCAUUAGAACAACAUUUAGCAUCUAUUGAAGGCAAAAAAUCUGCAGCAAAUACUCCUACUCAAGCUACAAGGUAUAAAUAAAUAUUUUUUCUAUUAUUAUUUAUUUAUUACAAGUAUGUAAUAUGAUAAAAAUAUUGAGUUCUUGCAAGUAUAUUUCAAUGGGGUAUUUAAUUAAACAUAAAUUAUUUCAUAAUUUUUAUUUUAUAUACCUUUAACUAAAUGUAUUUUAUUUAAAAAAAAUUUUUUUGAUGUUCAUUAAUUAAUUUUUUUAUCAUAUUAUAUACAUAAAUGAGUUAAUUCUGUAUUCACCCAAAGUGUAUAAUUUUAUUGGUUGUAGUUCAAUAUAUAACCUACUAUUCAAAUUUUACCUACCUAAAAAAUUUAAAUUUUAAGUUGAAUAUAUUUUUCAAAGAUCCUUAUUUGAAUUUAAAAAAACACUGUGGUAAUGAUUUAGUUGACGCUCCCCCCAAGAAAGUAUACUACCGUCAUUCAGGUUUAAUUAACGUCUGCUGCUUAUAACUCAUAUCUUUUAUCUAAUAGUUUGUUAUAAAAUUUAUCAUACUGUAUUUAUAGAUUAUACAUCUCGCUGUUAUACCUAUUUUGUAAUAUCAUUAAAUUUACAUUAUUCUUAAAAUAUCCAAUAAGUGAAUUUUGUAUAUAGUUGUCAUACCUUUUUUAUCUGCAGAAUAUUAUUUUUGUUUUAAAUGUAUAUUCUAUAAAUGCAGUAUAUAAAUUGUAUAAUAAAUAAUUAGAAUAUCAAAAAUACGAGAUAUAAGUAGCAGGCAUUAACUAAACCUGAGUGGUGGAAGAAUACUUUCUUAGCAGGCGUCAACUAGACCAUUACCAACACCAAUUCUAUUAUUUUCGUUAAAAUUAUUCAACUGUUGAAUUUACCAUUUUAAUUAGUUUAGAUGAAAUAUUACUUUCUUAUAAAACUGUUGGUUUGGCAACCAUUUUUACAAUUUGUUAAACUGUUGGAAUUUGGUUUUUUACAUUAAUGUUUAAGUAAUUUUAAAUUUCCAUUAUAUCUGAUGUCAUUAUUAAUUUUGAAAAUUUUUUUUAUCUGAGUGAGUUAAUUGUCUAUUUUCUAGUAGUUCAAUAUCGACAGUAGGUCAUAUGUUGGACCGCAACUAUUUUAUUAAUGAUAUCACAGAAAAUUUUUUUAAUCUCAAUACCUCAUUUUUUUUUUCUAAUAAAAUUAUUAAUCUUAGUAAAUCAUUGUAAUUAGGAAUGGGCUAGUUUCUGUUCUCUGUUUUUUGGUAUUAAAUUUUAGUAUUAUUUUUUAUGGUAAAACACAUUAUUAGUGUAAUAACACUGAUAAUCAGUAUAUAAUUUAACAGUAUGUUGUGAUUUGUUAUCCUAUGAUUUGCAUAAUUUUCUAUUAUUUCUACACACAAAAAAUAAGAACCAAUAUUGAUAUUGAAAAUUGAAAGAAAAAUGUUUUAAUCCAGACAAAAACCAGUACCAAUGUUUUUCUGAAAUUGCCCCAUCCCUAAUUAUAAUAUAUUCUGUGUCCCAUAAAAUAAUUUUCAGUAAAUUACAGUAUAGGAAUAUCACAUGUAUACAAUGUAUAAAUUAUAAUUUUAAAUAAUAAAUUUAGACAAUUUAUUACAUAUUAUUAUUUCAAUGUUUAAAAAAUAUUCUUUUAAAAAAAUGUAUACACGAAUUUGAUAUAAAAUAGAGAAAUAUUUUCUCUUACUAAACUAUUAAUUAACUUAUUAUUACUUCCUGAUUAAUGAUAAUUUUAAAAUAAAAUAAAAUAUAUGAUCCUGUCUGUUAUUAUAAGUCAUAAUCCUUUAAUGUAUUUGAUUUUAUUUUAUGUGAGCGUUUUUUUUUUUUUUUUUUUUUUAGUUUUAUCUAAUUUGUAUAAAUUCUACCUAAUUAUUUCUAAAAUAUUAAACUAUUAUUUAGAAAAUGAAUGUUGGAAUGUGAUUUAGUAGUUAUUUAACCCAAUAGUUAAAUUUAUUUUUAAUUGAAUGUUUAUAUCUUAAAUUAUUUCUUUAAAUUGUUAAAUAAUAUUUUAAUGCAAUUUAUAGGAUGCUUAAUAAAAUUCAAACUAAAAAUGAAACAAUAUAUAAUUUCUUAUCACUUCACACUAUUAAUUUAAUGUCAUUGGAUUUAUGAGUGUUGAUUUAGUUUCCUAUAUUGUAGUUUACUAUUUUUACUAUCAUUUUUUUUAAAAAUUCCUACUUGUAACUAAUAUCUCUGAAUUUUUUAAUUAUAUUACAAUUUAAUUUUAUACAUUUGAAAAUCUAAAUAUUUUUUUUAAAUUUUAAAUCUUUUAGUAAACAUUUUUAAACUAUUCAAAAAAAUAAUUUAUUAGCCUUUUUAAGUUACAAAGAGUUCUCUCUUAUAAUAAUUUAAAUCUUAGAAUUGUACCUAUGUUGAACAUGUUUGCAUUUUAGUACCUAAUUUUUUUUUUUUUUUUGUAUUGAUUUAUUUGUUGGUAUUUGAAUACAAAGUGUAUUAUAGUUUCUCUACUAUUAAAAUCAAUAUUUUUACUAAAAUAAUUUAUUUGCAUUUACUCAAAAUAUUUUAAUACAUACAUAUUAGCUAUAUAUUUAAUGUUGCAUUGUUUAUUUAAAAUAUUAUCUUGAUUAUUAAUUUUGAAUAAUUCAAUUUAAUCAUUAAUAAUAAGAAAAAUUAGUUUCAAAAAAUAAAAUAAUCACAUAUUUUUUUUAUUCACACAAUUUAUGUAGACUCUAGAAAGUUUCAACAUAUUAAUAUCUAUAAUGUCUAUAAUAAAAAUAAUUAUAUGUAAUUGUUAUUUAUCAAUAUGGUCUUGCAUAUUUACAUUAUAAAAUUCAAUAGUAACUAAUGAGCAGGGCAUGGGUUUUAUAGUAUUUGCUAAUUAUUAUUAUAAGUUACAGAUAAAAAUAACAGAAUGAACUUAAAUUUGUUUUAUGCAUCCGAAAAUCUAAAUAUGAAAUUGUAUAUUGCUAUUUCUUGUAGGUAUAUUUAAAGUAUUUUAGAUUUUUGAUAUUUAAUACUAUAUUUUGCCAAUAUGAAUAAUAUAAUGAUUUAUUUUGUAUUUUUCAUAAAUAGUAGAAAAAAUCGGUCAUCGACUAAACCCAUAAGAAAAAUACCUAAUUUUCUGUUUCAUGUUAUAAUCUAUUUUUAAGUAGCCCAGCAUAUUGACCCAUUAAACAACAUAUAUUUAUGAUUUCUUAUCAAUUGUAUUUAUAUAUUUAAAAAAGUAAAAAGUAACAAAUGAUAUUGUUUGCAAUUUUCAUGUUUUUAUGAAAUAUUUAUAGCGCUUAUUUCUGUUAUUUUCAGUGCUAUAAAAUCUGAGCCCUGCUAAUAAGUAAUAACUAGAGCCCGGAUUUCAAUGCAAAAUGCGUCUAUUUUUUUUUUUUGAUCUAAGACAAUGCUUUUCAUGUACAUAAUUUGAUUCAUUUUAUGGGAACUUUAAAGCUGAACCAUUCCUUUUUCUGCAUAUUUCGACGGUUUUUCAUCUUUAGGGCAGUUUUUAGCGUUAUUAAGUCAUUUUGUUAGUUUUAAUGUAUAUUUGUUCAUGAAAGAAUACUAAUAUAAAAAUAUUGAAACAUUGAAAAAUUUAAAAAUAUUAUCUUAAAAUAAAUUGUUUUCUUGAUAUAUAAGUUAUUUUCAUUUAAUAGGUUUAUUGGGUUUUCCAUACAAAUUGUUAAUCAUUCAAUUUAUUUUGAUUCAAUUUUUAUAUUUAGAAUGAAUAAUACCGCCCCAAAGAUAUGCGUGUCAACAUCAUCUCCGCGUCGUAUUAAUUUAAUUUUUCAUAUUUCAGUUUUUUUAAAUUAAAUAAUAAUUAUACCUAAUUAUUUUACCAAAUUGUAUAUUAAAAAAAUGAUAUGGUAUUUUUCAGUAAUUUUUGUGGUAAAUUACAUUUAUUAAGGGCAUUUUUGGCUAUUUUUUAGAGCAUAUUUGUUUGGUUUUAAGAGCAUUUAAAUCCGGACCCCAGUAUUAACUUUAUAAUGUAAACUGGGUGUAUUCUUCUGGCUUUAUUAAAUUAUUUGAUUAUAUUACUGUUUACAUAGUAAUAUGAAAAAUUAUAAAAAAAAAAAAACGAUCUUAAUUAAUUGAUUUUUUUCAAUUUAAAUUUUUAUUAUUUUUUCAACCAUUUCAUUGUGUAAAUAAAAUAUAAUAAAUAAAUAAUUGAUCACAUAUAUUUUUUUAAAAUAAUUCGACUUUUUUUAGAAAGAUAUUUCUAAUUUAUGUAUUUCAAUAUAUAAUUAAUUAAUAUGAAGCUUGAAUAGUAAAAAUAAUUAGUUUACCUGUACAGUUUGAUUGUAGCCUAGUAUGUUAUUUAACUAUGACUAAAUUGUUUCUUUAGCUAGUUUAACUAUCUAUAGAAUUAAGUAAAAGUAGAAUUUUCAGUUGUUUUUAUUUUAUGUUAGUAUUUUUCUUUUUUUAUUUGAAUUUUGUAUUUUAUUUGUUUUAUUUUCCAUUUCCUGUCCUUUCCUUGACAUAAUCGUAUAGCACUCAUCGGACAGAUGUAAAGACUGGUGUAUCUGCCCUUUCUUCCACUAGCAGCUCUUUUGGAACAAUUGCCCAACAAGCGGAUGGAGUUGAGGAAUCAUUAAAACAAGCAGUGUUGGCUGAAGAAGAAGCUGUUCUCAACCAAUUCAAGGUAUUUUAUAAUUUUUAAACGUAAAUGAUUUAAUGUAAAUCACAUUCAAUGACAUUUAUUGGAUUUCUAGGCUAAAGUUAACAGUCCAGUUAAUGGUGCAAUUUCUUCAGUCAAUAAUCCAUUUUUAGUUUCCUCUGAGCCUAUUGUAGACUUAUUUUCGAGCCCAACUCCAGCUACACAAGUAUUGUCAUUUAGUUUGUAAUUAGUGUGCUUUUAUUAUUUAAUUAAAUGGAAUUAACUUUGUUUUAGGCGUCUGCAAGAGCUUCAGAUGAUUUGCUUCAAUUAAGUAAUCCAUUUGCUGAUAUGUUUUCCACUCCAAUGCCAGGAUCACAAACAAACGCUCCAAUUGAUAAUAUGUCUACUCCUCUUGCAAAUAACUGGAUGAGCAAUGGAUUUAAUACAAAUACUAGCAAUGCAUUUGUUGACGAUAAAUCAUUUACAUCUGUUUUUGGACAACCUGAAUCUAAUCAAUCUUGUCCUACUCCCAGUGCUACAGGUAAAUAAAAAAAUCUAAUGUUUAAAUAACAAUGAAUAGCAGAAUAUUAUUUGUACAAAAUUCCCUGAGUGUAUAUGUGAUUUCAAGCUGCGUGUUCUGGGACAUCUUUUAUCUCCUCAGACGUUUUUUCUGAUUCAAAUAUUUUUGAAUCAAGUCCACCAUGUGUUGAAAAACCACAAUCCAGAAAAUCUAGUGGGACAUCAAUUCCUCCACCUAGACCUCCUCCGCCUUCUACUUCUCUCCCGCCAUCUUCUACAUUGGAUCCUAAUCCUGUUUUGGAUUUGGCAGCGGAUACUUUUCUUACACAAUGUGCCCCUCAAUCUAUAUAUGGAUCUUCUGGAAAAACUGGUUUGGCCGCACUUGCUUCAGGUAUACAAUACAAUAUGAUAUUGUAUUCAAGCAUAUAAUUUCGGCAUUCUGUGUUGUGUGAAUUAUGAUUUUCUUAAUUCCGGCUGGGUAGUUAAUUGUUGAAGCAGGCGCUCAACUGCUGGUCCGUAGCAAAUUAGUUUUUUUUUGUUUACAAGUGUAAUUAAUGCUUUUAUACGAUGUUGACCGAAUCAUAUACAAAGAAUAUGCACACAGUAUAGGCUUAAUAUAUUGUAUGGUUAGUAUUUAAGUUUUCUCUUCAGUGGUUUUUACAAUUUUAAUAUUUAUUUAAUGCUAUACAUAAUACGAGUGGCAUGGGCAUUACUGUAAUUAUUAUUUUUUUUAGCUAUUUAUAUAAUUUUUCAGUACUCUGCUGACAUUAUCAUAUUUCAUUUGCUUCAAUGAUUUAUAUUUUUGGUUGAUUAGGUUAAUAAAAAUUGAAUUUAUGGUAUUAUUUUAGGUUCAACUGAUUCGGCUAAUAAAAAGGUAUUAACUGGAGAUUUAGAUAGCAGUUUAGCAUCUUUAGCAGAAAAUCUUACUAUCAAUAAAGCUACACAACCACCACCGUAAGUAGCAAUUGUAUAGCUAUAAUAAAAAUUAAUAAUUUAUGACAAAAAAUAAUUUAAGUUUUUUUUAAAGUGUACAAUGGAAUUCUCCUAAAAAUGCCCCAAAACCGGGAAAUAAUCAACCGGGAAUGGGUUGGAGCCCUCAACCUAUGGCUGCUACUACUGGUGCAAAUUAUAGGCCAAUGGUAAGUACUAAAUUAUGGUUAUUUUUUUUUCAGCAGAAUAUAAAUUUAAUAUUAAGUAUUAAAGCAUAAUAGACAUCACGGGAAAACAUUUUUUUUUAUUAUUAUUAUUGAGUUGUAUCUGUAUAAUAUAUUUUCGCUUGUAUCUUAGAAUUUUCUUUUGUAAAUAGCUUCUAAAAAAUUAAAUUAUUUGUGUGUUUAUACAAUUUAUUUUGCAUGUUUUAGUUAUAUAUACACUUUACUAUUUUUUUUUUUUUUUUUUUUGCUUGCUGUAUAUUGGAUUAUAGGGUCAAGGAAUGAUGUCCAACCCUUCACCAUUUGUAUCAACAUAUGGUCCAAUGGUAAGUCACAUUCACUUGUAAAGCUGCUUCAAAACAAAUUGGCAUUGAAUUAAUAUAAUAUGAAAACCUGUUUCACUGUAAACUUAAUUUUAAACCAAGACUUUACAGGUGUGGUUAUAUUAAGCUAACAAUUUUUACUUCAUAUUCUUACUUAUUUAAAUUUAUAGAAACAUAAAUACUUUACUUGUUAUAUUUUCAAAACAUAUAUUGGGAUAAACUUAUAUAAACUCUAGUUUUAUAGGUCUUCAGUUUGAGUUGGUCGAAUACUAAAAACAAACUUGAUACAAUAUAAUACAACUUUUUAGACUAUUUAAUUUAUAUAAAGUACUUAAAAUUAUUUAUAACUUUAAUUUAUUAGAUUUUCUAUUUACAGAAGUAGUUUUAUUUGUAAAUAUAACAUGUGUUAUACAUUUCAACCUUUAAAGUAUAAAAACUUUUUAUUCAAUUUCAAAUAACAGAGAGAAUAACUAAAAAUCCAAACUCUAUAUCUAAUAGUUCUACUUGGAAAAAUAUUUCUAUGUUAGGAAUAAAAUAAUAAUUUGCUAUUUGUUUUUUGUAUCAUAAAUUUAUACAUAUAUUUUGAACCUUUAAUUUAAGAAAAAAUACACAUAACAUAAAUGAAAUUUAGCAAGAUAAUAGUUACGGUUGUAUCUUGUAUUUGAGAUUCUGUCCAAUCUUAUUUCCUGCAUUACAUAGUAUUCAAAUAUUUGUUUGAUAGCAUUUUGCUAUUAUUGCAUGCUUCAUAAGACACAUUAAUUCCAUUAAUUAGUUUUAAUUUUAAGCUAUUUGUGUUAAUAUCAGUGGCAUUUAUACAAAGAGGUGAAGUUUGUCUUGACUUCUCCUUCUAAUUUUAGAUAUUUUUAAUAUUAUUUUUGAGCAAUUGUGUUUUUAUUCCUUUAUUUUUUUAUUUGUAUUGAAACAAAAUAUGUUAAAUGUAUUUUUCUGGAUAUUUUGCCUAUUCAAUAUUUUGAGAUGUAUCAAACAUUUUAAACCCUCCCCUUUUAUUUAACUUCAGAUAUGCCACUGAUUAAUAUAUUAAAGUGCUAUUUUAUUAGAAUGUUGUAUUCUAUAUAAUUUAAGCAAUUUGAAAAAAUGAUCAUUUUUCUCAAUAAGUACAUUUAGGUUAUAAUAUUUGUAUUUAAAAAUUAGCUAGCUUUAUUGUUAUUACCAUUUUUGUGUAAUUAUGUUUGUUGUGUAAAUAAACUAUAUGUAUUACUAUAUGUAUAUCUUUGACAUCAUGCAAAAAGUGACUGAAGUUAAAAAAUUAUGUUUAAAUACCUUAUUUCAUCCACUAAAUAUUUAUGGAAAAAGUAUCAAAGUGAUAUUAUAAAUAAUUUAUUAACAUUUCAGCACAUAAUUAUUGAUUAAAAUCAAAAUUUAAAAAAAAAAAAAAAAAUGAUUAGUCAAUUAUUGAAUGUAUUAAGGUUCUCACACCGAAUUUCGAUAUAUAUCGAAUAGUACUAGUUAUUUUAUUUGUCUAUAUUUUAUAAAGAUCAUUUCUCAGAUAUCAACCAUAUCUGAAAAAUAUCACAGUAAUGUGUGUGAACUUUAAUAAUAAUUAUUAUAAAAUUUAAAAUGUAUUGUUAAAACAUUAAAAUAUAUUAUACAGAGAGAAACAACUUUAUUUUAGAUUUUUGUAUUAUUAUUUAUUUUUACUGUUGUAAAAAAAUCCAUGUGAUACUACAAUUUAUUUUAUAUCUUAGUAUUUAAUAAUAUUUUUAUUAAAUUAAAAAACACCCCAUUCAUAAAUGUAAUAUAUCUUUAAGUAUUGAUCCUCAUGACAGUGACUCAGCAUUCAAAAAAAUUAGUUUUUUGCUAUCUUAUCCGACCACUUCAGUUAUAUAUUUUAUUUAAGAUAAAAGUAGUAAUCAAUUAAUUCAUCAAGAGAUCAUAAAAAUAAUAAUAUAUAUUUAAUUAUUAAUCAAAGCCUUACGUAUAACCCUUUGUUGUUAAAAUUUCAAACGUAUUCAUAAUACAUUGUUAUAAUUUUAAAAAAACUGACACAAUUUAUUGAAUUUUUUUUAAAACAAAAAUAAUAAUCAAGUAUAUUAAUUACAUUCGUUUUAUUUAUAUCUAUUAUAAAAAAAAAAUUUUCAUAUUCACAUAUCCUAAAUUAAAAUAUUUAAAAAUAUUCCCCUUAUAUCUGCUAAUUUUUAAUAUAUUAAUAAAUGUUAUUCUACUGUGUUAACAUUUUUAUUAUUUUAUUAAUCCACAAUUUUCAAUUAUUAUAAAAUCAAUAUUAUUAUAAAUUAUACAUAAUUUGGAAGAAAAAGUUAAUUAAUUGCAAUAAUAAGAAUUAUUAUUUGUAUUUUUUUUUUCUUACGUAAAUUUGUGUUAUAUCUAAAGGGUGUACAACCCAGCUGUAUUGGUGGUAGUGCAGUAGGUGGUGGUAAUCUGGGAAUGACUGCUCCUCCCGGUACUCAAACUUCUCAACCACAACCUGUCUUAGAUCCUUUUGGUUUAUAA